UUGGAAACAAUAUUGUUCAAAACAUCUCAAGGAUAAUCUUCACGCCGUACCCCUCAGCUCUAUAAAGCUAAUUAAUUCGAUUGAUUCAGCUCGAUUCCUCCCUCUCCGCCAUGCCGACGGACACUGGAUCCACCGUCGCGCGGUCCGCCUCCGCCAUCGUCAGCAGCACCGAGAGUGCCCAGCACCUGCUCAAGAUCGAUGGCUACCACCGCAUCAAGGACGCCGUCGCCACCGGCAGCUGCGUCCAGUCCUCGAGCUUCUGCGUCGGCGGCUACAACUGGCGCAUCUACUACUACCCCAACGGCGGCGGCGCGUCCGUAUCCGACAGCGUCUCCGUCCGUCUCGUCCUCGCGACCUACGUCAACCAACCCGUGCGAGCGCGGUUCGCGUUGAGCCUACUCGACCAGGCUUUGCAGCCGGCGCCAUCCUACACCUACCGCUACGGGGCGCAGGCUUUCAGUGGCUUCAGCUCGGAGGGGCCAUGGCGGUUCGUCCAAAAGGCCGUGCUGGAGAGGUCGCCGGAGCACCUCCGGGACGACUGCCUCUCGAUCAGGUGCGACCUCACGGUCAUCAAGGCACCCGAGGCGAAGGACAUCAAGCCCGCGACCACGACCCCAGCCCCGCCGCCGCCGUCCCCCCCGGUGUCGGUGCCGCCGUCGGACCUGACCCGGCACCUUGGCGGCCUCCUGUCCACCGGAGUGGGCGCCGACGUGGCGUUCGAGGUCGACGGUAAGGUGUUCGCAGCGCACAGGAGCGUGCUCGUGGCCCGGUCACCCGUCCUCCACGCAGAGCUCUUCGCCACCCAGGCGGGGAAGGAAUAUCAGAACGGCGCCGCCGGCGUGGUCGUACGCAUCAUCGACGACAUGGAGGCGCAGGACUUCGAGGCGCUGCUCCACUUCAUGUACACCGACUCGUUGCCGGAGACGAUGGGAGGAGGGGACAUGGCGGCGAUGCUCCCGGACCUGGUCGCGGCGGCGAGGAGGUACAAGAUGGAGAGGCUGAGGCUGGUAUGCGAAGACAAGCUAUGUGAGCACGUCAACGUGAGGACGGUGGCGGCCAUGCUGGCGUUCGCCGGGGAACACCGCUGUGAGGGGCUGAAGAAGAAGUGCUUGCAGCUCCUCGAUGAUCCGGCGAACCUAAGAAAAAUCGUGGAGACAGAAGGACUCGAGCAUCUGACCAGAAAUUAUCCCUUCGUUUUGAAGGAUCUGAUUGCAAAGUUGGCUAUGAAGUUGUAG